GUUCUCCCCAGUGGUGAUCGUCCCAGUCUCUUCCCCGGCCAUGCCACGUUGCCCGUACCCCCCCUAAGGGGGGCUCUUUAGGCCCCUCCUGGGCCGACCGGGGGCCACGGGUCCCCAGACCCCCCCAUUGUUACCAUUGCCCCCCCAAAGCCCCAACGGCCUGGGGAGGGCCCGGAUGUCAGGUUGAGUCGAGUGUUCAGGGACACAGUAGGGAGCGGGUGGGUGCUGAGAACACCCAGGCACAACAGGAUAAGAGGACUCCGCCUCACCCCUUGACUCACCCCUUUGGCCUCACCCCCAACUCUGUCAUGCAGGACCCUAGAAUACAGAGCCUUAGUUUGCCUGGGCAGAUGCACCCCGGGGUACCCUCGGGUGCCGUCCCAGAGGAAUACCUGAGAGCGCUCCGGCCCUUUGCCACCUCAGAAGACCUCCGACUGACCUCUCUACCCCUGAGUCUGGACCCUGCCGCUGCUGCCCACGCUGCAGCUGCUGCUGCUUACUAUCAUCCUGCUUACCUGCAUCACCCGCUGUCCUUACCAAGCUAUAGUCUGACUGGUUUGCCUGUGUCCAUCUGUCCAUCCGUCCGUCACAGGAUGGAGGAGUCCCUGUGUCUUUCUGCGCUGCGGUCGCAGUUCUUCUCUGUGCCUGCAGGGGGCGCCUUUUCUCCUCUUCACCCCUCUGCCCUCCACUUGCACCUGCCUGGAGGCCGCUACCCAGGAGAACUGAACCACACAGCAGUACUAGCAGAGAGGCUACAGAUGGAGAAUGAGCUCCGCCAGCGAGAGAGAGAGCAAGAGCGUGAAAGAGAAAAAGAAAGGGAGCGCGAGGCAGGGCUGGAACGAGAGAGAGAGAGGGAAGAGGAGCGGGAGAGAGAGCUGGACAGACAGAAGGAGAGGCAGAGGGAGAGACAUCAGCAGAUGGUCAGAGCGGCCGAGAGCCACUACCUGGCUGAGCUGCAGGCUCGGAGGGCACCACUGGAGGACAGGGCCAGGCCAGGAGAGAGGCUGACCCCGAACAGACUGGAUAAAACCAAGGACUUUGAGCACCCAGGUUUCCCAGCACCCAAACCUUUGUCUCUGCAGCCUGGCCUUCACUCCUCCAGGGGCUCUAUCCCACACCCUGUGCCCAGCCUGGUGCCUUCUCACCUGGGGAAGCAUCAUGCUGCUGCUGGGGGGAUCCAUGGAGCUCUGGCUGCAGCCAUGAUGACUCAGAGGGCCAGUGAGGCAGCGUGGUUAACACGGCAACGGGGGCAAGGGCAGGAGAGGGAGGGUCCGCUCGAGAUGGGCCUCAGGUCACCUGGGAAAGGGGCUGAGCUGAGGAGAGAGAGUCACAGAACCAAUUCAGUUCAUCACAAGCCAGGCAGCAAAGAUCUACCUCCAUGUCUCGGUGCUCCACCUCCCCUUAUCUCCCCUAAAGGUCCCCAUAAUCCUCCUGCCCCUCCAACUACACUGUGGAACCCAGCCUCCCUUGUCGACACCCCCACAGACUCGCGCAGAAAACUCAACCCUCCUACACCACCAAGUCGGCCACCUCCAGGACUGACCAGAGCCAACAGGCCCCCUUUGAGCUGGGGGGAGAAGCUGGAAGAUGGAGGCAGGGGGAGAGGGGAAGGCACAGAGAGGUACACUUCACAGAGGGGAGCUAGUUUACAAGAAGCAGGUUCCUGGAACAAGGCAGAGCAGGACAGGGCCAUCCAGAGCCUCUAUGACCGGCAUCACAUCAAUAACCUCCACCAGAGGUCCUGUGUGCCUCCGUCUAUUCCCGGUACCUGCACCGACCUGGUGGGACGGGGUCCCGCAGCCUCUCCGUCUCCGGUGAGGGAGCGACAGGGCCAGCCGCCCGACAGCAUGCUGGUGUAUGAUGAGGUUCUCCAGCAGCACCGCCGGCUGCUCAGCAAACUGGACCUGGAGGAGAAGAGGAGGAGGGAGGCCAGACAGGGAGGUUAUUACUAUGACCUGGAUGAGUCAUAUGAUGAGAGUGACGAAGAGGAGGUGAAAGCCCAUUUAAGGAGAGUGACAAAACAGCCCCCACUCCAACUGGAUACAUCCUCCGAGAAAGUGGAUUUCCUGCGUGUGUGUGGUCUGACCACAGUGGCCCAUCGCGAUGAGCUUCUAGCACGAAAGAGGAGGAAGAGGAGGAGGAUGAUGAGAGAGCGCAGCGUCUCUCCGCCAGCUGUGCGGGGCAAGAGAAAGGCCCCUUCACCUCCAACACCUCCAGCUCCCUUAACUACGCCGUACUCUGCCGAGGAGAUGGACAGCAGCGUCGAACUGGAUGAGAAAAAAGACUUCCUCCUUAUGUUCAACCUCUCCCAUGUCAGCCCACAGCAGAGGAGAGAUAAGGAGAGGACAGAAAAGCUGCUGAGGGCCAUUCAGAGGAAGACUGUGACAUUAGACACUCUCAGAUACAAUCCCUCACCUCCGGGUAGUAGUCCUCCUGCUCCCUCAACUGGUGACUCCUCAUCAGCCCCUCUGCCCAGUCAACCAAAUGGACAUCUGUACCCAGACUCACCCAGCCCCUCCCCUCCCUACUUACACAAACCCAAACAUCCACCCCAUAAUGACACAUUCAAACCCAACAUUGACACCAACGUAGCCUGCAUUCCUCCACCCUUGGCCCCUCAUCAUGAAAAAGCAGAAUUUAUGAAGGCUCAGCCAAACGGGAAGCUCCGGGGCCUCCAGAACGGCGUUGCUGCUUCUCCUCAGAAAAAGGAGCCCAAUCCUGUGCAGAAUGGACGGAAUCGGCCCUGGGAGAGGUUCACACCUGAGGCCUUUGCGCAGCACUUCCACCAGGCCGUGCUGCAGUCCACACACAACACACUGCAGAACAAAGGAGUUUCACAUUGUGUCCCUGAGGCCGGCAUGAAGGCCGACCGCUCGUUGCUUCACAACGUCUCUCAACUGAAAAGUUCCCCUGUUAACCAUGCCCCUCAGCACGCACACGUCAACGGUCAUCACUUCCAUUCCCUCGUAGCCAGCAGGGACACUCUGGGACCGCGGGAAAACCUGUCUGAUGAGGACGAGGAGGAGUCUGGUCAGGAGGAGGAAGCGGAGGAGGAGAUGGAAGAAAAUCCAAGAAAGUGGCAGGGUAUCGAAGCUAUUUUUGAGGCCUACCACGAGUAUGUGGAUGAAUGGAGUAUAGAGAGGCAGGUUCUUCACGGUCAAUGUAAAAGACUUGAAGCACACAAUUACAAUCUGACCAGAACUGCAGAGCAGCUCUCUCUCACUAUGGGGGAGCUGGUGAGUCAGAGGCAGAAAGUGAGAGAGGAGAGGGAGAGACUGCAGGCCCAGCUCGAGCACUUCAGGAGGUGUUUGACGCUACCUAACAUUCACUGGGGCAGGGGGCAAGUCAACGGGCACACGCCGAGGUGACCUCUGACACCAACUCCCUGACGGAUACGCCUCUGACAGCGAAGGAACAGUAACAAGAACAAGACAGACUGGAGCCAGACCACUCUCUGCACUUGAAGCACUUGAAUCCUCGUCUUGUUACCUCUUCUGGCCAACCAGUUAUGUUACCUAUCUCGAGCCAGAUUCAACUGAUUACCUGCCACGUUCGCCACGGUAACCGUAAACCAUGGUGACCAUAAAGUCUGGGCAUUCCCACUCUCUCUCAUUCUGCCUAUGGAUUGUAACAACACUGUGUAGGUGAAAACAGCAUCUUUGUCACAGUAACGCUAAUCAUUCCCACUAGUCCCUGACUCAGCUUUAAGGACUUUUCACCAUUUAGCUCAUAUCAUAAUAAUUCUUUUGCCAAAACUGUAUCGAUCCGCACUAAUCAGAUGUAUCACUCGGCACAAAUCUGUAGCCUCUCCGGACAGCAAUGAGAAGAGACUAAGCGUGCAGUGGUCACUUGGUUAAUACUCAGAGAAUGAAAAUGGAGUCAAGGAAUCAAAGCACACCUCAGGCCUUAAACUUGAUAAGAUGCACUUGAAAUUAAAUUGGAAUAAAUACUUGACCCUCCUCUGUGUGGUAUAAUGUUUUACUGUCUACUUAGCACUGUAUCUGAAAGAUCAAGCUGUUUAUGUGCUGGUUAAACUUCUCCAGAGGAUAGGAAACAUCUCAAAGAUAUAAUCUAUAUAAUGGCAAUUGGUAUCAAUUAAGUUUUUCUUUUUCUUCAUUGGUUAAUGUCACUUGUAAUAGACAGAUCUUUUUUUGUUUUAUCCAUUUCCUGUGGGAAGCCAUAUGUUUGGUUUGAAUUGCUGCUGGUCAGAAUAAAUGAAGGAUGUUAGACAGUUGUAUUUGAAAAAAUGUUAUGUGAUGUCAAAAUGUUCGGGGGUUGACCCACAAUGCAACAGGGAAGACAACUUAGCGAAUGUCAUUUCUUGUCACACAUUAUGAAGUUGUCAUGACGAGCUCAGAUGGUUUAUCCCAGAGUCUGUGUCCCUCCACAUGGCUAUACAUGUUAUGAAGACUUGAAGAGAAUAAAAUGUGUGGUAUUUUAAAAGUUCCUUUUACCUGUAAAAGGGCAAUUGCAACAUUCUGCACAUGUUCUUACUAAUUGGCAUCACUUGAGUGAAACUGCAGUACUUUUAGACAUAUUGUUCAACCUUACACUCGUUUUCACCUACAAGGUGUGUGUUGAAAAAGUGAAAAUUAAAAAAAAUAUUUUUCUGUUCCAUUUCAGGACUGUCAAAACUUAUAAAGGAUAUCUUUCACUUGAUACUGUAGCAAAUUGUUAAUGGGUGACAUCAAAAUCAGAAUGUCACUAGUCCUCUGUGGAUAAAUAAAAUCCACCAUUUUCUUUUUUGAUGAUUUUUUUUGUUCAAUUUAGAUAAAACAAAUAUUCACAUUACACAUUCAUAAUUUCUGCCCCUUCCCAUCUGAAUAUUAAAAUCCCAGGAGCCCAUUCCUACAAGCACAAGCUACAGUAGCAAUCUCCCCAAAUCGCCUGACCUUCCUGCAUCACCUGUUCAGUCUCCCCUUCUUGCUGUAAAAUCCUGCAUAUUUGUUUCAGUUGUCAUGUAAUGUAUUAUUUAGACUGUAUAAUUGUGAUGAAUUAUUUAUUAACAUAUAUUGCUGUACAUUCUGAUGGAAAUUUACAUUAAAAUAUUUGUAAAAUGUC